CGCCCCGGACGGGACUGUGCCGCUGAGUUUGCUUCUCAUUCACAGAGACAGAGGAGGCAGGAGGGACGCGCCUGUGGCGAAGGAUCCAGGGUCGUUGAACAGGAGACAGGGUCCAGGAUCUGUGAAUAAAAGCUGCCUCACCGGUUCAGAGGGAGCAAGAGUGGCAGCUACUGAGGAGCCUGGGGGGGUCUUUCUCCGGACCGUGCUGCUGCAUUCUUCUUUUGAGAAGGGUUGGGGGAGAGGAGCUGUGACUGAACAGCAGCCAUGCACCGCUUAAGGACUACAGUGGCAAGGCUUCGGCCUUUAACGGCUGCUCAGACAGCACAGAGCCUAUCACAGCCCAGACUGCUGGUGGUUGGAAGGAGUUUAAGGACGUUUCAGCUUGCAAGGUGUUUGAACACAUCUCUGACUGCUGAGCCCUUUCUUAAUGGCACUAGCUCUAACUAUGUUGAGGAGAUGUACUCUGCGUGGCUGGAGAAUCCUAGAAAUGUGCACAAGUCCUGGGAUAUAUUUUUUAGAAACGUUAAUGCGGGGGCUCCGCCUGGUGUGGCCUACCAGAGCCCUCCUCCCAUCAGUGGGACUUCUCAGGGACUGCCCAGUGUCCAGGCACUGGUGGGAGGUCAGCCCAAUGUGGAGAAGCUGGUGAAGGAUCAUCUAGCAGUACAAUCACUCAUACGAGCAUACCAGGUACGAGGUCAUCACAUAGCGAAGCUGGACCCCCUGAACAUCGGCUGUGUAGACUUUGACGAUGCCCCGUGUACCGUUGGUUUCCAGAACGUCGGUCUAUACGGGCUUUCAGAGUCCGACCUGGACAAGGUGUUCCGCCUUCCCACCACCACCUUCAUCGGUGGCAGCGAGACCAGUCUGCCACUCAGAGAGAUUAUACACCGCCUUGAGACGGCCUACUGUCAGCAUAUCGGAGUAGAGUUUAUGUUCAUUAAUGACGUGGAGCAAUGCAAGUGGAUCCGACAGAAGUUUGAGACACCAGGAAUCAUGACGUUUGGUCUGGAGGAGAAGAGGACUCUGUUGUUCAGAAUGAUCCGAUCCACCAGAUUUGAGGAGUUUCUCCAGAGGAAGUGGUCAUCGGAGAAGCGGUUCGGUCUGGAAGGCUGCGAAUCACUCAUCCCUGCCCUUAAGACCAUCAUAGAUUGGUCCAGUCAGAGCGGAGUGGAGAGUGUGAUCAUGGGGAUGCCCCACAGAGGUCGGCUGAAUGUGCUCGCUAAUGUCAUCCGGAAAGAGCUGGAUCAAAUCUUCUGCCAAUUUGACUCCAAACUAGAGGCUGCAGAUGAGGGAUCUGGUGAUGUGAAAUAUCAUCUUGGGAUGUAUCACAAACAUAGGAACAGGGUCAGCGACAGGGACAUCACCAUGUCCCUCAUGGCUAACCCGUCCCACCUGGAAGCAGUGGACCCUGUUGUGCAGGGGAAGACCAAAGCUGAACAGUUCUACUGCGGGGACACAGAGGGCAAGAGGGUGAUGUCAAUCCUGCUUCACGGCGAUGCUGCAUUUUCAGGCCAGGGUAUCGUGUACGAGACGUUCCACCUGUCUGACCUGCCCUCCUACACCACCCACGGCACCAUCCAUGUGGUGGUUAACAAUCAGAUUGGCUUCACUACAGACCCCAGGAUGGCACGUUCAUCUCCCUACCCCACGGACGUAGCGCGGGUCGUAAACGCUCCCAUUUUCCACGUCAAUGCAGAUGAUCCGGAGGCUGUGAUGUACGUGUGCAAUGUAGCAGCUGAGUGGAGGAACACCUUCCACAAAGAUGUUGUUGUAGACCUGGUGUGUUACAGACGUAACGGCCAUAAUGAGAUGGAUGAGCCCAUGUUCACUCAGCCGCUGACGUACAAGCUGAUCAAGAAGCAGAAAGGGGUCCUGCAGCAGUUUGCUGAAAAACUCAUCACUGAUGGAGUCGUCACGACACAAGAGUACGAGGAGGAAGUGGCGAGGUACGACAAAAUCUGUGAGGAGGCUUACACUCGCUCCAAAGAUGAAAAGAUCCUUCACAUCAAACACUGGCUGGACUCACCAUGGCCUGGUUUUUUCACACCGGAGGGUCAACCAAAGAGUAUGAGCUCCCUUUCGACUGGCAUCAGUGAAGAGGAACUCGGCCACAUCGGAAACAUCGCUGCCUCUGUCCCAAUGGAAGAUUUCACCUUACAUGGAGGUCUGAGUCGUAUCCUAAAGGGCCGUGCAAACAUGGUGAGUCAGCGAGUGUGUGACUGGGCCCUGGGCGAGUAUAUGGCCUUCGGCUCCCUGCUCAAAGAGGGAAUCCACGUACGUCUCAGUGGGCAGGAUGUGGAGAGGGGCACGUUCAGCCAUCGACACCAUGUUCUUCACGACCAGAACGUUGACAAGAAGAUCUGCAUCCCCAUGAACUACAUCUCCCCUGAUCAAGCUUCUUACACUGUCUGCAACAGUUCUCUAUCUGAAUAUGGAGUACUGGGUUUUGAAUUGGGCUUUGCCAUGGCCAGUCCCAACGCCCUGGUCCUGUGGGAGGCCCAGUUUGGAGAUUUUAACAACACAGCUCAGUGCAUCGUCGACCAGUUUAUCAGCUCAGGUCAGGCCAAGUGGGUCAGACACAACGGCAUUGUGAUGCUGCUACCUCAUGGCAUGGAGGGAAUGGGCCCAGAGCACUCGUCUGCCCGUCCUGAAAGGUUUCUGCAGAUGUGCAACGAUGACCCUGAUGUUUUCCCUAAACUGUCAGAGGACUUUUCGAUGCGUCAGCUCUACGACUGUAACUGGAUCAUUGUCAACUGCUCCACUCCCGCAAACCUCUUCCAUGUCCUCCGCAGACAGAUCCUGCUGCCAUUCAGGAAACCUCUGAUUGUGUUCACACCCAAGUCGUUGCUGCGCCACCCAGAGGCCAGGUCCAGCUUUGAUGACAUGCUGCCAGGCACCCACUUCAAGCGUAUAAUCCCAGAUGUCGGGCCUGCAGCUGCCAGCCCAGAGAAGGUGAAGAGAGUAAUCUUCUGCAGCGGAAAGAUUUACUACGAGCUGACCCGGGAACGCAAGAACCGAGGCAUGGACGAUACUGUAGUUGUUGUCCGCAUCGAACAGCUCUCACCGUUCCCCUUCGAUCUGGUGAAAGCGGAGACUGACCGCUACGCCAAGGCUGAUCUAGUUUGGUGUCAGGAAGAGCACAAGAACCAGGGUUACUAUUAUUACGUCAAUCCUCGCCUCAGUACCACCAUCAACCACACCCGUCCCGUCUGGUAUGCUGGACGUGAUCCCGCAGCAGCUCCAGCUACAGGGAACAAACAAACUCACCUCAUGGAGCUGCAGCGUUUACUGGACACAGCGUUCAAUCUGGAGGCAUUCACAGGAAAAGUGUAGUGACUGGUCCAGUCCUUCUUUCACUCGCCCACAACACACAUCAGACUGUGUGACCCCCCCCACAGACUCAUUCUCCCUCCUUUGCAUUGAUGUGUUUUUUUCCUCACUCUUCACAUAUCAGACCUGGUAACAGGUCUAAUCCUUAAACACAACCCACAAUAACCUACUGACUUUAAACAUUGUUACUAUGAAGACCUCAUGUUCACAGUGAUGGUCACUACUGUUAGGAAACUAUGAGAGAACCUGCAAUGAAUGUAUAACUUUAUAAGAAAUUAAUUUUCAAGACAAAGAGAUUUAGCUUACGUGUUUGAUUUUUUAAGAUUUUAUUAAUCUAAAAAUAAUUGCUUUGGGACUAAAUGCUCAUGAAAUGAAGAUAUUUUUUUUUUAAAGGAGACAUAUUAUGCCCAUUUUACCACAGUUGAUAUGGUUCCUUGGGGUCUUAAUAAAAUGUCUGUAACAUAUUUUGGUCAAAAUACCACAAGGAUCAUUUAAAACAGCACCCUUUUUCACUGUCUAAAACAGCCCUCAUUGACCUGUUUUGAGUGCCCCCCCUCAGCCCCGGUGAGCCUGACUGCAAGAGCCCAAGCUCCCCAGCGCAGCCCCGCAGUGGCAGCAGUGGCAGCAGUGGGAGCUUGAGCUGGCGCAGCAGCAGCAUCCUUCCACACUGUUGAGUCAACGUUUAGAGGUGCCCCGGGGGUCCCUUGUUUAUCCGGCCACCUAAAUGUCUGACGGGUAGCAGCAGCAAGCUAACGCUAGCGAGCUAACCGGGCCGGUGGAGCCCGGCUAGCGUUAGCUCGCUCGUCCAAGGCCAUGUAGAGAGACUCCCUACAUGGGCAUGGUGUGACCAAGACGUCUAUUUCAGUCGUAAUCCCAUUGGACGCACUCUAGCGUAUCGUUUCUAACAUAGAGGAACAACAACAAAUCGCGGGAUUUGUUUUUUUUCAGUGUUUUUGGGACGGUAGAAAUGCCAGAUACCCAAAUUAACAUGUAGAAGCACUACAAAGUGGAAUUUUCAUAAUAUGUCCCCUUUAAAGGAACAGAGAAAUAAGCUUUCAAUUUCUUGGAAGAGAAGAUGUUUUUAUAUCAGCUGUUCAGGUUAGCUUAGCACAGAGACUGAAACGGGUUGGGACAGAAAGUCCAAAGGCAACAAAAUCUGAAAAAGCUCACUCACAAGUUAUACCUCAUGUGUUUAAUCUGUUCAAGUGUAAAAAUUUCAGUUUACAUUAUUAUAGGUAUUAAACAUUGAUCUAAAGUGUGCUGUAUUUCCCCAAACAUCUAACUGGAUUUUCAUGGUUAUGCUAAAGAAUGUCUCUACAGUGUGAUGACGACUGCCGUGCAACCCUGCUCUCUGGUGAAAAAAUAAAACAAAAAUAUAGACGAUGAGCAGAAGCGGCUGAAUAUUGAACUGAAACCGGUGCCAUUUGUAGGGAACCUGUGGCUGCAUAUUAAUCCUAAAAAUGUGACAACUUGAGCAGUGUCUCCUGUGUGAUCUCAGGGAGGAGGCACCCCUGUUUGACUUCUCAUUAAUUCACCUCUUUUCCCAAUUUGUAUUUUAUGCUUGAAUUCUUCCCAUUUCCUAUUUCCAGUUUCCUGACCGUCCCUCCACAUAAAUGUAAACACCUGUCUGUGCCAAAUGUAACAGAAUACUUGCAAUGGAAAUUUUGAUAAUAAAAAUAAUCGUGACAUAAGUAAAGACAUGAUAAUCCUCAGCUCCUCAGAAUGGAAGGAUGUAUUUAUUUUCAUAAAGUGUACGUUUUAUUGUUUUCAACAAAAUAAAAAAUUAAUUAUGCUUGCAUUAACAAGACUUAUUAUGAUUGCAGCAGAGCAGGGUUCAGUCAGUGUAAGUCACAAUAAUAAUGUUAUUGUUCCAUCACAACAAUCCAGACCAGUGAUUCCUUAAACUAGGGGUCACAAGCCCCCAAGAGGUCGCAAAAUAAUCGUCGCAGAAAUCUAAUACAAUUUAAGAAUAAUUAGAAAUACAAUAUUUUAGUCAUAAUUAUUAAAAAAUAAAAUAAUUUAAAAAGCAAUGAUCCUUCUGCAACUCGUCCUGAUUUUUGUUUUUGGCCCAAACAAGAUCAAAUCAGUAUCUUCUGUUUACUUCAUCACAGCUGGGAUAAUGGAGGUUGCGUUCAGGGGCACUGGUAAGGGGAGAUGUCCUGUGCAUAUGCCCACUGGUCUCUAUACAUAUGACAAUGUAUAUAUUGUGUCAAGCAACAAAUUAUACAUAUAAUGAAUAAAUCUAUAGACAUUAAGGUGGUUAAUUUAAAGUGAUUCUACUGGAUAAUUCAACAGUGGCCAUGAAAUCUCCUUUUACUAUACAUAUUCAAACAGUGCUUAUUUUGCUAUUAAUAAAAGUUUUCUUUUAACCAUUUUAAUUCAGGCACUUAAUUGCACUUGUCUUUUUAAACCGCUGCUUUUUUGCAUAGUCUUUUAACUGUUUAAAUCCACUGUAUUUUGUACACGUAAGGGCGGAAUCACAAAUAAACUUGAACCUUGAAACUUGAAA